AUGUUUGGAGGAGCAGCGGCUGUCUGUGUAAUACAUACAGCUUUUUGUUCCUGUAGUUGUGCUUAUGUACUGAGUGAGUGCAGGAUUGAAUGUGCAUGUUUGGUGGCAUAUGUGCGCAGCUUUUCGUCUGCUAGUUGUAUGGAGAGUUGUGCAAAUAAAAAACCAAAACUUCCUGCUCUGAAUUCAUUCAUCACAGUCAGUGAAGCAGUAGAUGUGUAUUGUUUAGAGUUCGCGCUUGGUAAUGCAUCGCUUAAAGUGAUUGAGGAGACACGGUCGUUGCCUUCCGCAUUCACCACAACCAUUGGCGGUGAAUCAGGAAGGUAUGGAGAGUACUUGAUUGGGUACCUUCGUGUCAUGCCUUCAUUCAUUAAUGACAUGAAGGAAUUGUACCUCAAUUUUGUUGCACCGGUAACACCGCUAGCUGGAAGUAGCGGUGAUAUCAUGAAUGGUGCCAUCACCAGCAAUGAUUACAAGGGUGGUGGUAACCCGUUCGCCGGUGUGACAUGA